UUCCGGACCUGGUUCUAGCGUCGAUCGUUGAAACAAUGAAUACGAUUUCAUCUGGAUUUUAUGGCACUCAACGGAUCCCUCCUCAGCCGGUGGUUGCGCCGGCAGGGACAUGUGCGCAUUACUGGAUGAGCGGGGGUGGGAAACGUGUGUCACGUUGGUCGGUCCGCAGAUCGGGCUUGUAUGCAUGCUCUGGCUGUGCUCGCGCUGGCAGGGUGUGCCUUCGCUGGAUGCGAACUGGCGUAUGGAGAGUCUUGCCACUACCUGAGGAUGUAAGAGCCGAAGGGGUUGGCUACAAGGAUGAUGCGUUCUGGAUACAGAAUCUGGAUAGCAGCAUGUUUGGACCGAGAACCGACUGCACGAUCUGGGAGCGUACCGAGCUGCAGACGAAGAAAAGGAAGGCGGUAGGAGGUCUGGAAGCUGCGGCAUGAUAUCGUGUCGAGCCUUCGAUGCGCUGCGCCGAAACACGCUUCAUUUUUGAUCAUCAAUCGACGGAAUGCUGCUCCGUUGUUUAUGCAGCAUUAGCAUGGUCAAAGGUCAUGAGCAUAACCCAGAAAUCCGUUCAUACAACUUAAUAGCAGAUACAUUCAUCAGCC